CCCCGCUCCGUCACUGAGCGGCGCCGCGGCCCGUCCGGGCUCCGCCAUGGCCUCGGGGGGGGCUGCCGGCCGCGCCGCCGAGGAGCCGCCGCCGCCCGAGCCGCCCGCCGAGCAGAAGCCGCCGCUGCUGCCGCCGCCGCCGCCCGCGCAGGAGGAGUUCUCCUUCCUGCCGCUCGUCCACGACAUCAUCAAAUGCAUGGACAAAGACAGCCAGGAUGUCCACCAGGUGCUGAAUGAGCUGAAGAACAAGUUCCAGGAGAUGAGGAAGCUGAUCAGCUCCAUGCCUGGCAUCGCAGUGAGCCCAGAGCAGCAGCAGCAGCAGCUGCAGAGCCUGCGGGAGCAGGUCCGGACCAAAAAUGAACUGCUGCAGAAGUACAAAAGCCUUUGCAUGUUUGAAAUCCCCAAGGAGUAGGAGGGGAGCAGCUCUGGUUUCUGGGUCCCAGAGACUUCCUCUGCCAGCUGAACAGGAGAGAAAAAGGUGGCAGAAGUUCACUUUUCUCUCUUUGAUGCUGUUUUUUUGGUGGCAUUGGCUCUGAAGUUGUGGCUGUGAGGAUCUGAGGCAUGUGGCACUGAACCAGAACACUCUGUGCUCCACGUAGGAUGAUCACAGUGGGAUGUUCACCUCGAGCUGCUGUAGGACUGUGCAUUUAUGUGUGUCUCUCUUCUCUCAGGGUGGGGUGGUUUGUUUGGUUUUUGGGUUUUUUUUUACAUUAAAGCAAGCAGGAAACAUGUUUUCUGCUCACUAAGGGUCAAAGUACCUACUGCUUGGCUUCAGCAAGAAAAAGGGGGCAUUUUCUGCAUUUUUUUUUCACUUAAAACUGGCCAAACAUCAAAAGGGAACGUAGGAGGGAAGCAUGAGCUGCUUGGCCUUGCUCCUGGGAAGGGUCUCUGGGGCACUUUCCAGACUGCGUGUGUCGAAAGAGGAAUGAUUGUCUUCAAUUACUUUUGCAUUUCUCUCUUUUUAAACAACUGGUGGUUGUGUCUGAGAUGAGUAAAGAUUUAGAAAUUCAAACUGC